AGCAGCAGCGGCAGGAAGGCCAGCAGUAGUUGUAGCAGCAGCAUCAGCAGCAGCAGAGAGGCAGGCGAGAGGGUGGAGAGUCGGGAGCUGUCGUCGCAUGCGGAACCGCGGGAGGCGCCCGCCACAGCAGUCGCGGGACGAUUGAGUCGCGAACGUCGCGCGAUCAGCAGGCAGCCUCGCGCCCGCUCGCCGUGCACGCAGCUCGCCGACAAACCGCCCAGGCGCGGCCGCCAAAGUCCGCCCAGAGGACGACGAUGCACCAACUUCACGGCCGCUCGGACCGUUCCGGUCCGCGUACGGUCCGGGCUUGGGCGUUGCCUCAGCCGGCGGCCUCCUGCCUUCACGUUCGGGCCGGGGAGGUGGCGCUCGUGCUGGCCGUGCCGUUAAUCUCAUCACGAGCUCUGCUUGGCAUCAUGAUGCCUGGUAGUGCCACACUCGCCGCAUGGCCCUCCCACCCCCGCGGUGUCUAGUGGGCGGAGGAGGAGGGCCGCCGGAACCGGCGACGCCACCAUGGUGCUGCACCGCUCGCCGUUCCCCAACGCGUGCUGCCGCGGCCUGCACGCGGCCGCCUGGGCCCUCGUGUUCCCCACAUACUGGCUCGCCGACCGGCUCAUCGCCGUCUGCGUCUCCACCAGCAAAGAGCGCGAGGAGCGCGCCCAGGACGCCUGCUACCUGCGCCCGCUCUACCUGUGCGUGCUGGUGCCCGCGGUCGUCCUCGCGUUCCUGCUCUCUCUGCCCUUCGCGCUGCUUGGCUUCCUCGUGUGGCUGCCCCUGCAGUCGGCACGGCGGCCGUACGCGUACUCCUCCUUCCACGGCGGCAAGGAUCGGCAGGCCAGCAGGCAGCGGCCGCCGCUGACCGACCUGCUGCGGCAGGGCGGACGCAGCUUCUCGUUCGCGUCGGCCAACGUGUGCCUGCUGCCCGACUCGCUUGCGCGCUUCAGCAACCUGUCGCACACCCAGCGGCGGUCCCGCGAGAUGGGGCUUCGCAUCCGCAACGGGGUGGGCCGCCCGCCCAUCCGCAUCCUGGUGGACUCGCCCACCGACACGUCGGAGAGCAACACGAGCCUCCUGGAUUCGGAGCAGCACGGCGGCGGCGGCGGCGGCGGCGGCGGCUCCAUGUACGGGGCGCUGAGACGCACGACGUCCCUGCAGUCGCACACGUCGGCGCAGCAGGGCGGGCAGAAGCGCGGCGGACCGCAGCAGGGCAGCCGGGAAGACAUCCAGUACAUCGACAGGGAGACGCCCGAAGAUGACAGGACCGGUGGCGGCGGUGGGGAGAAGAGCAAGGAGGAUUCCUGCAGCGUCAAAAUCGAGUUUGGGGACGGGGACCGCGACGCGAUGACCAACGGGACGGAGGCGGCGCCGCCGGGGGACGGGCGCAGGGAAGCGCAGGCGAACAACGACCGCUCCGCCGCCUGUGCCAACCUCCUGUCGGAGAGGAUGGCGAAGGCCUCGCGCAAGCGGGCGAGCAAGACCGGCGAGGACAUCUACAGCGAGGUGGCGCCGUUCUUCCCCGCGGACCUCGACUUCCUGUGCCUGCAGGAGGUGUUCGACAAGCGGGCGGCGGCCAACCUGUGCGGGCAGCUGCACCCCUGCUUCCCCUACAUCCUGUCGGACGUGGGCGUCUACGCCUUCCACGGCUGCCAGUUCAAGUUUUUCAACAGCGGCCUCUUCCUCGCCAGCCGCUUCCCCAUCCUGGACGCCGCCUACCACUGCUAUCCCAACGGGCGGAAGGAGGACAUCCUUGCCGCCAAGGGCGUCCUCUUCGCCAAGGUGCACGUGGGAAGCACUGCACAGGACCAGAGGAUUGUGGGAUACAUCGCCUCUACGCAUCUGCAAGCCCUGGAAGAGGAUGCCGACAUCCGCUGCGAGCAGCUGGACCGGCUGCUGGAGUGGAAGGAGGAGUUUGUGGAGGCGACGUCGGACCCAGCGCGCCCGCAGGACCUGGUCGUCUUCGACAUCCUGUGCGGGGACUUCAACUUCGACAACUCCUCCGAAGAUGACCGCAAGGAACAGCAGCACCGUCUCUUCUCGCACUACACGGACCCGUGCCGCCUGGCUCCCGGGCGGGACAAGCCGUGGACGGUCGGAACGCUGCUGCACUGGCUAAAGCUUCACAAGGAGAAGGUGUCGCACCCCGAGAGCCUGCAGAAGGUGCUGGAGAGCGAGGAGUGCCGGCGGGAGUACAUCGUUCUGCUGCCGUUCAACUCGAAAGAUCCUCCGGAGUCGGUGCCGGCCAACGGGCGCCGCAUCGACUACCUGCUCCACUGCCAGGAGCACACCACCCCGCUCAGCACGCUGGAGGUGGAGGAAUUCACCUUCAUCACGCAGCUCGCCGGCCUCUCCGACCACAUCCCCAUCUCAAUGAAGAUCCGCAUCUCCGCCCGCCAGGAGCCCUAGAGCAUCCUCGGGGCUGCGUCGGAUCCCGCGUCGCCGUGCGGCACAAACCGAGGAGGAAUCCCGAGCCGCGGUGCGCCCCCUGAGCUGGCCUAGGCCGAGGCCUGUGGCCCCAGUCUGACCGACCGACCUGCGUACGUCUCGCUAUCGACGGCUGCACCUUCCCCGUCGUCCUGGGAAACGCUCUCGCAGAUGAACUUUGGCUGGCCUAUCUGAGUACGCCGCCGUGAUCGAUUUCUCGGCAGUUCGCGUGGGAUGGAAAUAGCUAGGAACAAAAAAAGGUCUCGCCUCCGUGCACCACGUGUGCCGCUGGACGCGAGGUGAUGGGUGAGGCAUCUUCGGCGGUGGGGUUCGCGCUGCUUGCGUGGCUCGUGGGGGUAUUUUGAAGCGGGAUCGGGAGCGGCCACCAUGUUUAAAGGACCUCGAGUAAACGCUCAAAUCAAUCGGUCUUUAUUUUACGUGCUAAUAUUGCCCUCGAUAAAGUAGGCAUCGGUGCAUGUUACAGCAGAAUGGGGAACGGUACAGGGGGAAUGGAACGGCACGAAUGUAAAAAAAGACCCGUCACGAUAAAAGUGUCUCUUAUAACCUCGAGUCCAUGAAUCGGUUUCAAUCUACAGCUAAAAAAAUUAAUCACGGUGGCAGUAGCGCUCUUGGCUGUUGUGGCGGGGAAGUGCCUCGAGUUUAUUUGUAAACUGUGGGGGGGAGUACUGCAAAAUCGUGCUCGAAUCCAAUUAGCGUCGUGCUCAUUGCCGGGAGAGUUUUCGAUGUGGCCAGUAAAUGAAAAUUCUGGGCGCCAAAGGAGGCUGCGGGCGACGUCGGAUCGUUUUCUACCCCGAGCGCCGUCCCCCCCCCGUGGAGCCGUUUCCUGGAUGGUGGCGACGUCGGCUGCCUGCGUUUGCACGCGAGUUUCCCUUUCUUAAGGACUGACAACCGAGUCGAUGCAGUUUGAUACGGACACGGAAAUUGGAACUUUUUUGUUGUUGUUUUCGGCUGCAACUAACCGCUGGCAGUCCGUCGUCGUGGACGCUCGGCUCAGAAGAUUGAACGCCGUAGUUUCUUCCCGUCGUCAUAGCUUAGGAUGAGACGGACAAAGCCAAUAUUUUUUGACGGCGACGAGGCGCGCGUGCACACACGUACGGUCACGCCUGCGGUCGCAACAUUUCUCAGACCUCAAGGUUGGUGUCGAGAGUGGGAACCGCGUCGCGCGGCUCCAAGGCUCGCAGCCCCCGGCGACAGCUGUUCGAGCCGCGAGGACUUCCACCGGGGCAGCUCGUGUUUGGGGUCACUCCGAGGCGACGCGCCAAAACCCGUGUCCGGGAUUACGGCGGAUUAAGCGCUCCCCCCGCGUCUGGUGGUGCUGGCGGUGGGCGGUUUGGCGGAAAGGGACGAGGGACCCCCCCCCCCCCCCCCCCCCGUGGCUACGGCGUCUCUUAAAAGCCGCUCCUUUCUUGCAGAGUUUGGUAUCGUUGUGGGAUAUUUCAUUUUAUGCGUACACACUUAUACGUCUCUUCCCGCCAGCCCCAAUAACCUUAAUGCAAUCCCGCGCGAGUGCAAUUUACAUUCCACUUUCGCGGGGGUGGAGGGCUGCUGCGGCGGCGUUUGGGUGCACGGAUGGCGAGUGGGCAGUACGCUCGGGGCGCGGUCACGUUGAGAAGCGGCGGUCUCGCGAAAUCGUCUGUGGCCCUAAAACGGACGGAGCGAGAGUGCCUGCGCGUGCAUGGGAGUUACUGGAUGAUGCCCGAGAGGGUGGAUGAGAUCGCAUGGCUGUCGAGGCAUCCCUGCUUCCCUAUGCUUCUACAGGGCCAUGUGUCAACAUACAAACAGAAAUCACCAUCACGGGGUCGGGCAAGUUCCGCGCAUUUGCGUGAGCAGCUGAGCGGUCGGGUUUAACAGUUUACAGUCGUAAGGGAAGGCUCGUGAGCCUGGAGGGAGCCGUGAUGGAGGUGUGAUGGUGGGCCAGUCUGUGCCAGCGAUGUAGGAGGAGUGACUGUGGCCCGCGGUAAGCCCCCGUGUUGGUUGGUGCUGUUUGCGCUGCUGCUCGGUGUGAACCAGCCAGUAGAGCCACCUGGUGGCCCUGCAUGGCAUGGAACCGCCUUGAAUGCCGUUCUUGCACUUAUAUUAAGAAGUGGAUUCUGAUUGGAACCGAGUCUUGCCUGCCGCAAUUUUAAGGAGUUAACAUUUUUUAGUUUUAUCUUUUAAUGUGUUGUGAUUUUUUCGUUUGAAGUUGCCGUGAAAUCCUCGGGAGGGUUGUUUUUCUGGCCUCGAGAAUCCGUGCCGAGGAUCGUUAUUUUAUGGUGGCAUGGACGCGGACCCCUCGUUGUUUAAAUUUAUUUUAUUAAAUUUGACGGACCGAGCUAACCGGUCACUUUCACUCAUAUCCCUUUCCAAUCGGUACAUCCGAGCUGUGCCGAGCCAACCCAGCACGCCACAGAAAGCCCUGUUUUUUUUUCCACUGCAGAGCCGAGCCGCUGACGUCGCACACGACGAGCGAGUCGAGAGUUGCACGCAAAUGCCGUGGCGACGCCGUUUCCUCACAGUGUACCGACUGACAUCGCAUACAACAAACAUGUCGUUAGCUCUGCCCAUGGCCUUGCCGUGCCCCCCCCCCCCCCAAGUUAGAUUCGGAGGUCUUCGCGAUGCUGGCGUAUCACAGAUUUGGGUUCGUCUUGGCUCUGCAAAUAGCCAGUGGAACACCACGUGCACCGUGAAGGCCCCGUGAUGGCGGGGCUCGUGUGUGCUCGUGGUGAAAGUGUAUAAGGUAGAGGAUCUAGAGAUCACAGACGGUUCACAGAGGAUCUAAGAGUUUGCAAAAACAAACUGGAGGUGUUGAUCAGCCAACGUCCAAACCAAAGCACCGAAACGCGUCAGCGCCCUCCGCGUGUGGCCGUGUGCCCAAGUGUCACGAGCCGAAGCAAGUGAUGCCGCGUGGCUCUGUUUCACCGGCACGGGGAGGGGUUGAGGGUGGUUCAUGUUGCGAGUGGCGGCUGCUGGCCGUUGUGAACCUCUCAUUGCCAAAAAAAAAAAACGCGUCCCGUUGUUUGGGGAGCUGCUAACCGAGGUGCCAUAGUGGACUGGGCUGGGCCGUGUGCAGCGAGGCCCAGGGGCGCUCGGGGCUCGCUUUGUGUUAUGGGGACUUUUGGGCCGAACCGGGGACUGAACUCGCUAUUACGGUCGAGGUGUAAGAAGCUACGAGCAAAUACUUUUGGGAUGAAAGUGUAAAAUUAAAGGGGCAUGGUAUUUAGGCAACGCUUAUAUUCUUUUUGUUAAGUUUACAUUCUGUAAUGUUUUAUGGUUUGCAAAAAUAAAUGGUUUCAUCCUAAA